AUGGGAGCUUAUAAGUACAUUCAAGAAAUAUGGAAAAAAAAGCAAUCUGAUGCUAUGCAUUUUUUGUUAAGAGUUAGAACAUGGGAAUAUAGGCAACUCCCUGUUGUUCAUAGAGUAUCCAAACCCAGUAGGCCAGAUAAAGCACGUCGCUUAGGAUAUAAGGCCAUACAAGGAUUUGUUAUUUAUAGAGUACGUGUUAGAAGAGGUGAUAGAAAAAAAAGAGUUAAAAAAGGUAUUGUGCACGGGAAACCAAAACACCAAGGUGUUCACAAACAAAAAUCAACAAGAAAUUUAAAAAGUGUAGCUGAAGGAAAAGUUGGAAAAAGUAUAUGUGGAAAUUUACGUGUUUUAAAUAGUUAUUGGGUAGGUCAAGAUGCUGUUUAUAAAUAUUAUGAAGUUAUAUUAGUAGAUCCUAAUCAUAAUGCUGUAAGAAACAAUCCAAAAAUUAACUGGAUAUGUAACCCUGUACAUAAACAUAGAGAAUUAAGAGGUCUCACUUCAGCAGGUAAGAAAUAUAGAGGAUUACGUGUUAAGGGACAUUUAUCUGCAAAGAGUAGACCAUCCAUAAGAGCUAACUGGAAGAGAAGACAAUUAAUCAAAUUAAGAAAGUGUAGAUAA